AUUGUCACCGAAGAGAAGCUUCAUGCCUUUUACAAGAUUGAUCGAGAUCUCUUCUCUCGAUUGGUCGUGAGCUUCAUGCGUGACCCGGCUGAAUCCCUUCUGGUGAUGGCCUUAUGGCUAUGGCUGGAAAAGGACUACCCCAACAUCAUAGUCAAGAUGUUGGGGCUUCCGGACAGCAUAGUCAAUGCCCUGGCUGAUGAAGCUGUGCUUUGCUUGAGGUGUUUGGACUGCAGUACUAGUAACAGUACUCUUUUAUGUCUAGCGCCAAACGGUCGAAUUGUCCUCACUUCAAGGCUCAUGCAGAAGGAAAUCUCACUCCAAAUGUUCAUUCAGAACAGAUACACUACAAUCAGUGGGGUAAAGAAUUUUCUCACUAAUAUUUGUGCUCGAAUUUUCACUGAUAUUUUGCAGAGGGUUUUGCCUGGUACAAAUCCAAUACUGUCACAGUUUACUCAUCCACAGCAGCCCCUUGUGAUUCCGGGGUUUCCACAUCCAGUGUUUGGUGCACUCAAUAUAAUCCCGGGAUUUGUUGCGGACUUUACUCCCACAGGAGGCUUAUGGGGCUGGAACCCAUCUAUUGAGUUAUCUGCUGAUGACAGGACUAUGUUUCUUACAUUCUCAAGGGGGUUUCAUGUGUCAGUGGAAGAAGUGAAGCAGCUUUUUUCAGAGGUUCUUGGGAUGGAGAAGUGUGUUGAAGAUGUGGACAUGGAAAAUGUUCCUUCUGAUGAACAACCAUUGUAUGCUAAAAUGGUGCUAUCUUCUGUCACACUUGUUGAUAAGAUCUUGAAAGGGAAUCGCGUCUCCAAGUUUCGGAUCAAUGGCAAGCACAUCUGGGCUCGAAAAUAUGAACGCCGAGACUAG